AGUUUGGUGAUUUGGUCUUUUUCAAACAAUCAAAAGAUUGGCCACUCUGUUUGCAUUUCUGAAUUGACUCCAAGUUCAGCAAAUUAUCAAAAUUUUUAUGUUAGCCGCUUUUUCUCAGCGAUGCUUUGAAUCAUCAAAGAACAUAUGGAAUACCUGGCAAAAUUGUUUGAAGUUGGAGAAUACAUAGGCAAUUACCGGAAUCUGAAUGAGAAGAUGCAAAAGCUGAAAAGAAAAUUGGAAGAUCUGACCUGCAGAGAAGAUGAUGUAAUUAGUGAAUUGGAAUAUGCAGAGUCACUGUCUUUAAAGAGACGAAAAAGGGAAGUGGAAAACUGGCUGGAACGCGUGAAGAGGAGAAAAGAUGAAGUCCAGAUAAUGGAACAAGCUGUGAAGCGAGAGAGGCGAUUGUCCACGCGUGUGCGGUUGGGGAAAUGUGUGGAAGAACUGACCGGAGAAGUGACAGAACUUCUAGAACAAGGUCGAUUCUGUAAAGGGCUUAUACUUGAUGCAAAUGAGACAAGAGGAAAUGCUUUGUUGACAACAACUUUGAUCGGUCGGGUGUUUCAUGAGAAUAUGGAUAAGAUUUGUACAUGGUUGAUGAAGGAGGAGGUCUCGAGCCUUGGAAUUUAUGGAAUGGGAGGGGUGGGGAAAACAACCCUUGUGACACAUAUCCAUAACCAGCUUUUGAAGGAGUCGUGUACUUUCGGCAAUGUUUAUUGGGUCACUGUGUCGAAAGACUUUAGCAUUCGCAAAUUGCAGAAUGACAUAGCCAAAGUAGUGCCUCUUGAUAUUUCAAAUGAGGAUGACGAGAAGAAAAGGGCAUCGAGAUUGGCACAAGCUUUGAUGAGAAGAAAGAAGCUUGUCCUAAUUUUAGAUGACGUGUGGAACCAUUUUCUUCCAGAAAAGGUCGGAAUUCCUGUUAAAGCAAGUGGCUGCAAAUUGAUUUUGACAUCAAGGUCUUUGGAUGUGUGUAGAAAGUUGGGUUGCCAUGUGAACAUCAAAGUGGAGCCUCUUUUUGGGGAAGAAGGUUGGAAGUUGUUCAUGGAGAAGCUUGAGCGCCGAGUUCCUUUUCCUCAUGAACUUGAAGGAGUUGCAAGAUCUGUGGCAAGAGAAUGCGCAGGUUUGCCGCUUGGAAUUAUUACAAUGGCUGGAAGCAUGAGGGAAGUUGAUGACGUAUGCGAGUGGAGGAAUGCUUUGGAGAAGCUGAAACAAUCGAAACGUGAAGAAGAUGACAUGGAAACUGAUGUGUAUCAAGUAUUGAGAGUGAGCUACAGAAGCUUGCAUGAUUCCAUUGUACAGAAGUGUUUCCUCUACUGUUCCUUAUAUCCUGAAGAUUAUAAAAUCAAAAGAGAGGAGUUGAUAGAGCGCUUUAUCGAUGAGGGACUGAUCAAAAGAAUGAGGACUAGGCAAGCAGAGUUCGAUAGGGGUCACACUAUUUUGAAUAAACUCGAAAAUGUGUGCUUACUGGAAGGUGUUGUGGACUAUUUCCCGUGCGAGAAGAAGUGUGUGAAGAUGCAUGAUUUGGUAAGAGACAUGGCUCUUCAGAUCACAGGUCCAGAUCCAAUAUUCAUGGUAAGGGCUGGUGAGGGAUUGAGAGAUUUACCGGAUGAAGAAAAAUGGACAGAAAGUCUUGAGAAGGUUUCUUUGAUGCAUAACAAGAUUGUAGAAAUCCCUGUUGGUGUCUCACCAAACUGUCCAAGACUUUCAACUCUGAUGCUACAGCAUAAUGAUCUAAAAACGAUCCCGCAUUCAUUUUUUGCGAACAUGGUUGGGCUCGAAGUUCUUGAUCUAUCACAUACUUGCAUCGAAAGUUUGCCAAAUUCAGUCUCUGACUUAGAAAAUCUUUCUGCAUUGUUGCUUAGAGAGUGUGAUAAGCUACAAUAUCUGCCUAACUUGGAAAAACUGACUGCUUUGGGGAGGCUGGACCUUGAGAACUCCGGAAUUAAAGAAGUUCCGCAAGGUAUGGAAAAGUUGAUCAAUCUCAGAUACUUGGAUCUCCAUGCACCCAAUCUGAAGGUGUUUCCAGUUGGAACUCUGCCGAAACUUUCUCGUCUCCGAUACUUUGUCAUUUACGGGCUAUCUAAUACAUUAAAAGUGAAAGGAAAAGAGGUUGCAAGCUUGAAAAAGUUAGAGACUUUUGCAGGCCAAUUUUAUGACAUCCACUGCCUCAAUGCAUAUGUCAAGUCAUUUGAGGAAGGAGGGCCCAGCAAUUACCUACUUCAAGUGGGACUAGACGACCCGUAUUUCUCACCGAUCGAAAGCGGCAACUUUGAGAAACGAGUGGUUUUGAAGAAGUGCGAUCUAAGGAAGAGCAAGGAAGGAGUAGAAGACUACUUGGUGCUCCCAACUGAUGUUCAAUACUUGUAUAUUCAUGAGUGCCAUGAUGUUGCUAGUUUAUGUGACAUUGUUUCAUUGGAAACCGCAACUGACUUGAAGACUCUUGUGAUCAAUAACUGCGAAGGGAUAGAAAAUGUUAUUUCUUCUUUUUAUUCAUCCUCCUUUUGCGGCCCAUUUCAAGGGCUAGAAUCGCUGCGCCUCGCAAAUCUGAGGAAUCUACACGGGAUAGCCGAGACAUCACUUGUAGCACCAGGCACAUUUUCUAGCCUUAAAGAUUUCAGAAUAUACAACUGUCCUGAUAUAAAGAUCUUGUUCUCACCUCAGUUGUUUACAUGCCUCCAAAACUUGGAAGAACUUCAUGUGGAAGAUUGUGGACGAAUGGUGGAGAUAAUAGCCUCACCACGUGAUUAUGAUAAUCGUGAUCGUGAUGAUGCAGACGAAAUGUAUAGGGAUGAAGAGAUUGGUGCCAUCAUGAGUCAUUUCCCAAAGCUAAAAGUUCUACAAUUGUGGAACCUAUCAGAACUGAGAAGCAUCUGUAGUUAUGGCAUUUUAGCUUACGAUACUCUCCAAGUUGUCGCGGUUCGAUACUGCAAGAAGCUGAAAAGGAUCCCUAUCUGUGCGCCAACGCUCGACAACCAACCGUCCCCGCCUCCUUCUCUUCAAGUGAUCAAAGCUUAUCCAAAAGAAUGGUGGGAUUCUUUAGAAUGGGAGCAUCCAACGGCCAAAGAUGUUCUUCAGCCCUACUGUCAAUUUUCAAGAUAUUUGUAGCCAAUCUUAACUGAUUCAUUUACGAUUCAA